UCUCAGCAAAUGCCACAUCCAACAUACCAACGAAGAAGAAUGUUGGACGUGAUUGGUUGAUCGGGCAGCAUGGCGUUUGAAUGAGAGCAGGAAGAGCUGUUGCAGCAAAAGGAAGAAGUUUAUUUCAAUUUAGCAACUUCAGUGAGCUCCGUGCCCCACUAAACCUCGCAGUCCGUGUCUUACUUGUUGUCAGGGUAUGUCUUAGAAGCCACAGAAGGUCUGUCCGGUGCGGAGAAAUCGUGACGCACUCUUGUUGCUUCCUGCUGACAGGCAGCUACAGUCUGAUGAGGGGGGAACCACAGCUGGCAGGAUGCAGCAGAAAAGGAACAUCCAGAUCAUCGAGUGGGAGGACCUCGAUAAAAGGAAAUUCUACUCUCUUGGCGUAUUUAUGACGAUGACCAUUCGGGCCACUGUCUACCCAGCUACACUGAUCCGCACCCGGCUGCAGGUGCAGAAAGGAAAAUCACUUUACAGCGGGACCUUUGAUGCCUUCUUCAAGAUCCUUCGGGCGGAAGGCGUACGAGGCCUGUACCGCGGCUUCAUGGUGAACACCUUUACUCUCAUCUCAGGCCAAGCGUACAUAACCACCUACGAGUUGGUGAGGAAGUAUGUUUCCCAGUAUUCUGAGGACAAUACCGUCAAGUCGCUGGUGGCUGGGGGCUCGGCUUCUCUGGUUGCUCAAAGCAUCACUGUGCCCAUAGACGUUGUGUCCCAGCAGCUAAUGAUGCAGGGCCAGGGGCAGCACCUCACGCGCUUCCGACUCGGUUCCAAUUCUGAGACCGGCAAAUCAGCAAAGGUUUUUGGGCAAACCAGGAACAUUGUGGCUCAGAUUUUUGCUGCAGAUGGCUUCCGGGGCUUCUACAGGGGAUAUGUGGCUUCCUUACUCACUUACAUCCCAAACAGUGCCGUUUGGUGGCCUUUCUAUCACUUUUAUGCUGAGCAACUCUCUAAACUGGCUCCCAGUGACUGCCCACACCUCAUCCUUCAGGCCAUGGCUGGACCUUUAGCUGCUGCGACUGCCUCAACUGUCACCAACCCAAUGGAUGUGGUCAGAGCCAGAGUACAGGUCGAAGGGAGGACCUCGGUCAUUGAAACGUUCAGGCAGCUGAUCAAAGAGGAGGGCUGCUGGGGACUGACCAAAGGACUGUCGGCACGCAUCAUUUCAUCCACACCCACUGCCAUCGUCAUAGUGGUUGGUUAUGAAACACUGAAAAAACUGAGCCUGCGGCCUGAGCUGGUAGAUUCGAGACACUGGUAAAGAAAGUAAAUAAAUACUUGGACCAUGUGCCAUUUUUAACCCUUAUGUUGACGUACUCGGUUUGUUUCAAGUACAGAACAGUGUGGGAACAUCGUGUCUUCAGGUUUUUGUUUUUCCUAAACAUCAACGUUGUGAGUUUGUUACACGCAAAGACAAAAGGUUUAGUUUGUGUGUUGCAGCUUUACAGGGUUCUUGCUGUUUCAAACAAAAAGCAUUGAAGGAAUGUCGAUUAAUGUGGCGGCAGCAGAAAAAACGUCGUCAUUUCUUUUCAUUUGUGAUAAAACAUAUUUUGUGUUUUGGUGGAAAAAGGUGGUAUUGCUUAUCUUUGUGUGACUAUUAACCUGUGUUUUUGCUGUAGAGCUGCUUUUUAUCAGGGUACAGUUCAGAAAGCUACCCUCCUGUCUGCAGAAACUAGUUUUUUUCUUUAAUUUUGCCAAACUGGCUUUUCAAACGCCUUUAUAUUCCUAAAUCUUUCCCUCAGUUAAAAUCAAGACAAUCGACUUUGUUCUUUUUUUAAGUGAAAUAUUAGCCAGAGGAUGGAAAGUCUAACAUUUUAUCUUGAUCGCAUAAACAAGUACACUACUUUGUGAGUAUUUAUCAGAAGUGUUUUCCUGGUGUUACAGUGAUCAUUCUGGGAUUAUAAUUGAAGUCUUUCCAUUAAGCUCGUUAAAACUCUCAAAGCAACACCAUUAUCCUUUUGUGAAAUCUUUGAGUACAAUAAUGUUUUGUCCUUUUCAGCACAAAACAUGAAGAUAAAUUUGCUGUAGUUGUGUUUAUUGACAUAUACCUUAGGAGCUCAUUUUACCUCAUUUAUUUUCUUUUUCGAAGAUAACCACAACACUUUCAAUGUUGGUGUCAUGUUGUUUUGGUCUUAUUUUGUAAAAGUAUCGUGGUUCUCUGCAGUUUUUCAUGAAGCCAUAACUGUACAUGUUUUAUUUCUUUAUCCAGACUUGUGGAGAUGUGAUCCUGUGAAAUAUAAAGAUGAUAAAACUAGAGCCUGCAAAUUAUCUUGGCUGAUUUUAAUUUGCUUUCCAAAACUCCAUGUAUCACUGAAAGUGGAUUUGAGGUUUGUGAUUGACCAAUCAACUUGUUAACACCUGCCAGUUCCAAAAUAUAUGUGAUUUCAACAAUA